CCUUGGCCACGCCCCCUGACUCCUCUGCUAUAAAAGGGCUCCGGUGCCUGGGCUGCCCUCAGACGGGCGUCGGUCGGUUGUUUGUUUGGAGAGCUUGCGUCUGUGGAGGUGAGGCCGACCGAGAAGGGACCCCCGCCGCCUUCCUCCGACCCUGGUUCCUGUAGUUCUUGAAUCAAGAGCAACCAAAAUGAUCUUGAAGAUAGCAUUAUUGCUUACCUCUAUCCUGGGAAUCAGAGCCUUUCCCUCCCUUCGGGAGGACCCUGAAGAUGGAGGCAAGCAUUGGGUUGUUCUUGUAGCUGGUUCAGCUGACUGGAUGAACUACAGACACCAGGCUGAUGUAUGCCAUGCUUACCAGCUUAUACACCGGAAUGGCAUUCCAGAUGAACAGAUCGUUGUUAUGAUGUAUGACGACAUUGCCUAUAAUGAACAGAAUCCAACCCCAGGCAUCAUUAUAAAUCGGCCCAAUGGCACAGAUGUGUACAAAGGAACACCAAAGGACUAUGUGAAAGAGGAUGUUACACCAGAGAACUUCCUUGCUGUGCUGAGAGGUGAUCAUGAAGCAGUGAAGAACAAAGGAUCUGGGAAAGUAUUAGAAAGUGGCCCCAAUGACCACAUAUUUGUGUACUUCACUGAUCAUGGUGCCCCUGGAAUAAUAGCUUUUCCAGGCAAUGAACUUACAGCAGAAGAUUUACAGAAGACCAUUAAAUAUAUGUACCAUCACAACAAGUACAAGAAGCUCGUAUUCUACAUUGAGGCAUGUGAGUCUGGAUCAAUGAUGGAAAGUCUACCUGGUGAUAUCAAUGUUUAUGCCACUACUGCUGCCAAUAAUCAUGAAUCUUCAUAUGCAUGCUACUAUGAUGAUUACAGAAAAGCCUACCUUGGUGACUGGUACAGUGUAAAUUGGAUGGAAGAUUCUGAUACGGAGGAUCUGAAAAAGGAAACUCUCCACAAGCAAUUUGUGUUGGUAAAGAAUCACACCAACACCAGCCAUGUGAUGCAGUAUGGAAACAUAUCCAUUUCUCACAUGAAAGUGGUUCAGUUCCAAGGCACAAGCAAAGCCUCCAGUGCCCCCAUUUCAUUGCCGCCAGUAAGUCGCUUAGACCUCACGCCCAGUCCCGAUGUACCACUUGCAGUCCUGAAGCGCAGACUGAUGGCCACCAAUGAUGCCAAUGAGGCUAAGAACUUAUUAGAAGAGAUGAAGAAACAUCUAGAGGCCAAAGAACUAAUCCAAAAGAUGAUGUACAAGAUUAUAUUUUUCGUAACAAAUUCUGAGACGCGUACUGAACAUAUCUUGACAAACAGAUUGCUGCUGAGAAAUUAUGACUGUUACUAUGCAGCCAUGGAUUACUUCAAGAAACAUUGCUUCAACUGGCACAUUCCUGUGUAUGAAUAUGCUCUGAGACACCUGUAUGCCUUGGUUAAUGUUUGUGAGUCGGGAUAUCACAUUGACAGAAUACAAUUUGCCAUGGAUCAAGUAUGCAGUGGAUAUUAACACCACCACCACCGCCAACACUAUCCAUUGAGUAAUCCAGGAAAAAGUGAUUAUGAUGUGAUUGUAAACAAAGCAGGAUACAAAGCAAAAAUAGGCUAGUUAAAUGCAUCCACUACCAACCAUAAGACAGAUACCAUGGGAGCUCUUUUGGACAGCUCUGACCAUGUUUUGCACCUUAAAGCCUUUACUGAUUGUAACAUGAUACACUCAACAGGCAUUUCACUUUGAAAGAUGUUUCUGAAGUCCCCCUUGACUUGACAAAUUCAUCAAAGUUAUCAUAAUUACCAUGUAUAUACCUUAGCUCCAUAUUUGACAAUUUUGAAGUUAUGUUAACAUUGUACUAUAAAUGGACUGGCUUGCAUAAGUGCUCAUUUUAACUGAACUGGGGUUUUGGUGUUUUUUUAUUUUGUUUUUAAAACCUUCAGGUUUUUGAUGAUUUUGAGUAUUGUGUGCUGAAUGUCAUAAACAGGUCUGUAGUGAAAACUGUAUUUUUGUUUUCAGUUUAAUAAUUGGAAAUUGAUUCUUUAAUGACCCAAGUUAACUGAAAGUUUUUACAGGGUGUGGCUCAAAAAUAAAAAGCCAUAGGUUUUGUUUCUUUGAUUUUACAGAUUUCAUUUUGCUUUAAAAAUUAUCAGUUUUUCAUAGAAAUUAAUCAAGUGAAUUCCAUUUGUGAUGGAGACAUUUUCCUCCCUCUGUUGAAGGAGAUGGCCUACUACUGUUAUGUUUUGGAUUCUAAUGUAAUUGUAUGUUUACACAAUGUGGUGGGAGAUUUUACAGUAUUUGGAACAACCUGUGUAUAAUAAAAACCUUGAGCUGCUGACGCAGCACUUUAA